CUGCGGGAGCCCAGCGUUUACGGCCGCCUCAGUGGCGCUGAGCGGGACCUCAUCCUGCAGCAGCGCAUGGAUGCCGGCCGGCCCUGCUUGCUGGUGGCCGAGGUCAGCGACGCCUUCGAGCGGCCGGGUGGUGGCAGCCGGCCGCAGAGCCGCGAGAGCAGUCGGCCACAGAGUCCCUCCUCAGUUGUGUCGCUGGAGGAGAGUGGCUCCCUCAUUUACUGCUACCAGGAAGCCAGCGGCGAGUGGAGGGUGCUGACGCGCCUGCCCGAGGAGGCCAAUGCCAAGGGCUGCGCCAUGUGUGUCCUCCACAACUACCUCUUCCUGGCAGGGGGCAUUGUGACAGGGCCGGUGGGCAGCGAACCCAGGGCCCGCCUUUCCGACAAGGUCUUCUGCUACAACCCCCUGACCGACACCUGGAGCCAGGUGCGGCCGCUGGCUCAGCCCCGCUCGCAGCUCAAGCUGCUGGCCCUGGAUGGUUACCUCUAUGCUGUGGGGGGCGAGUGCCUCUUCACUGUGGAAAGGUAUGACCCACGGGCCGACCGCUGGAGCCCUGUGGCACCUCUGCCCAAGGGUGCCUUCGCUGUGGCUCACGAGGCCACCACUUGCAACGGGGAGAUCUAUGUGUCAGGAGGCUCCCUCUUCUAUCGCCUGCUCAAAUAUGAUCCCAAGCGUGACGAGUGGCAGGAGUGCCCUUACAACAGCAGCCGCCGGCGCUCUGCUGACAUGGUGGCCUUCAAGAGUUUCAUCUACCGCUUUGAUGUGAGCAGUGGCCGUGGUGGGGAGCAGGGCGCAGGUGGUGGGACAAGCGGUGGUGUUGAAGUUUUCCGGUACAACACAGUGGCCAAGUGCUGGAGCCAGUGCGCCAGCCUGCGGCCCAGCGGUGGCCCCAUCCAGCCCUUCCGCUGUGCCCCCUUGGGCAACACCAUCUACUGCGUCAACCGGACUGGCACCCUUCGCUUCAGCCUAGCCCAGGACGGUGAGGUGGAAGCAGAUGGUGGGCUCAAGGGCACCUUUGACAGGGAGCUUCUUAAAGCUCCCUUAGAUGUCAAGGGUGUCCUCCUACCCUUCGUGCUUACCCUGCCAGAGAGGCUGGACAAAACCGGGGACCAGGAGGGUUCCCUCCCACUGUGAGGUGGCCAGCCUGGCUCUGGCUUCCUGUGGCGGGAGUUGGGUGGCAGAUCCACAAACUCCCAUUGACAGAGGAGACCCACUCUCUUGUGUCUGCGGAGAAAAGGGACUUGCCCUUUCCUCUGCUCUGCUCUCAAGAUCAUGAGCUGGUUUUAACUCAGUUGUAAUUCUUCUCAUGUUUGCUGUGCUUUGUGUGAAAUGCCAAGCACACAAAAGUAAAAGCUGCUAUAAAGGAUAAUCUCUGGAUUAUGUUUGUGCCAAUCCCCAAUCUGAGAAAAAAGUUUUUACACCUGGAUUUUUAAAAUAUUCUCUACAAGAGUGUCAUAAUGGGACAUUAGUGUUGGUUGUGUGUUUACACAUACUUGCAACCUGGGCUGGAGCAUUUUCUGUCAUUUGUGGCUUUUUCUCCUCUGGGAUGUUACUGAGGGAUAAACAUUGCUGGCAACAUAGUUUAGCUGCAUUUGUUUUCAUGUUAAACCAACUAUUUCCUGUGUUUAAGAAGUAUAGGAAGAACGCCUCCAUCACAGCCUUUCAUUUCUGGUGCACUAGACAGUGUAAGGAAGCUGUGGCACUGUAUUAGUCCCAGGAAUUUCAACCACAGAUGAUUUAACAGAUACCAAACUUAAUGUUUUAAGUAACACAAAUGUGUGCCACAUGUUUAACUUGGAAUGCAAAAAAGAGAAAAAAAAAGUCAAGCCACCUUUUUAAAAUGUGGCAUUUUGUGGUAGAUAUGAAAUACUGAUAUGUUCUUUAUUUGAAAAGGCAAUGGUUUCUGUAUGAAAAAAUACUGUUUUAUUACUUUUUAUGAUCAGAGAUUUUAAAUUAAAAAUGAACUGAAGCUGUUCAGACUGCAACCAGUUGACAUGACCAUGUAUGACACUAGAACUGGGGAAAAACUUUGUACUUUGUGUGCUCUUUAAUUGACUGCAGGUCAAGGAAGGUUAACCUAAACCAACCUGUGGCAAAAGGCCUUUCCCACUUAUUUCAAGACCAUCAAAAGGGGACAUGGAAAAUAGAAAUGUGCUACACAUGUUUAUAAUAUUGUGCCACUAGUAUGAUGUUACUUCCCUGUCUUUUGAUUGAGAGACUGCUUUAUUUAUUUUGAACUAAUGAUUGCUGUAAUCAAUAAGUUCUUGUUAAUUGCAGUACGUGCUGAUGGCGUACGCAGUCAUUGUGAUUCUAAACUGCCCAAGAGUGCUGUUUGUGGGGCAGCAUCCAAAUGAGGCAAAACCAUACAAAACUUCUUCCUGCCUGUGGAAAGUUGGAGCACACUUUUUGUCAUGUUACUCAGAACUGGAAAACAUAAAAUGUCUACGCAGACAGACUAUAUUGAAAAGGGCACACACAUUUAUUUUAUACAUUUUAUAUUUAAAAAAAAAAUAGGCAAGGCAAAUGUUCUAGCUUUAUGGUAAAUCACUGAGAAACCUUUUCUGAAAAAAGAACCUGCGUUUUUGCUGGUACAUUGCUGUAUAUUCAGCAUGGAACUCAAGUGGACUGUGGAAGAGAAUUGUUUAUACUCAAAGCUCUAGUAUAGAUUCAUAUUUUAGAAAGACAUAGGGACCUUGCAUCAAAAAAAAAAGCAGAUCUUUUUAUGUUUUAUUAAGAUGUUUUUGUUAAAUAGGACUUUAGCAUUCUUACAUAUAAUUGCUAGUUCCAAAGGAAGGCAGCAGGCUCUGUCCUAUGAGACACCAUCUGUACAAAAGAGAAUGGUGAACUUCUUAGAUAUUUCUUUCCUUCACUUUAAUGUUUGGGGUUUUUUUUCUCUUCUCAUUGUUGUUGCACAGGGUUUUAAUGCAGCUGAUCUGGUUAGUCAUUCUAUAGAAAACAGUGGUCCAGUCCUAGAAGUUCUUAGCCAAGUGAACCUGUUCCCUAGUGAGCUAAUUAAAGCAUCAGCCAGGCAGGAGUGUGACAUUUAUCUUAGCCUCAGUACAGGUUGGUGCAGUGGAAUUUAACAUCCUUCUCAGAAUAUUUGAUUUAAUUUUCAGAUGAAAAUCCUUGGAAAUACUGACUCUAAAUUAAAUUACGGCAUUGUAGCUUGAGCAGGAAAUAAAAAUUACAUAUUUGCUUUCAGCAUAAUUUUUAUGUUAACUGUAGAAAGUAUUUCAAGCUGUGUAGUGCAACGCUUAGGUGCAUACUUAAACUAGAAACAUAAGUGCUAGGCCAGAUUUUAAAAUAGUAGCAUCACCAGGAACACACACAAGGAAACGUCUUCUUGCAAUACAAUGCAGUUUCACAGUUCAAAGACUUACGUAGUAUAGUUCUUAUACUACAGCAUAGUGAGGUAUCAAGCCAGGUUUUGCAUUCCUAUUAAUUAAGCAUUAAUUAAGCACUUUCAUUCUGCUAAUGCAUGAAAAUGCUUCUAAAUGAGUUUUGGGAAGUUUCCAUGACUUAAGAUGUGACAAUAUAAUCCACAAACUUUGGAGAUAGAAUGAACCAUAUCCUUUCCUCCAAUAUUUAUUGCUGUACACUAAGAAGAAAUACAUUUGCAAGUAAGUUUUACAGUAUUAAGUGUUCAACAAACCUGCAGUGGUUUGUGUUUUUGCUAGCUCCUAUUUUAAAAAAAAGUUGAAUCAAGUGCUUACCUGCUUUCACUGUUCAAACGGUGAGACAGGGGAGAGUCUGGCCUUCAUUAGUAGCUGUCUAUCAAACCUGUUUCCUUUGUACACUGCGUAGUCACAGCCUGAUGAUUAACAGCAAAAGCAUGUUUCUAGCCAGAUUUCCUACUUUGUGGCCUCUGUUUCCUCCCUGGUAGGCCUAAGGCAGGUUUGCUGAGAAUUGUUUUCUCCCCCAGUUAUAUCUUCACAAAGAAACACCCCCACCAAACUUGGAUGCUAAAACCAGAAUUUAGAUAGUCUUCAGGCAUUUAAAGACUGCAAUUGUCAUUCCAGAACCCUACAGUUUUACUUAAACCUAGCAACAACUGUCUCUUUAACAUGUGGAGCUGCUGAGCAGUUCCCCUCCACCCAUUUGGAACUGCUUAGAGCAGUUCCACACCUACCUACCAAGUGGGAUAUCCAGAAACCACUGAUGUAAUAGGGUUUAAUUUAGGUACAAACCAAAGGGCCAGGCCACCCUCAAAUCUUGUUUGCAUAUGUUUUGCUUUUAAAACAGACAUUUUAUCUAGAGUAGCCUGAAGUCUACCAUGUUUGCAUAGGAGCACAGAGAUCUGUGUGUGCUUUCUUAGCCUGCAAGCAUUCAGUUCACAUCUCCCACCCUCUGGUUGUCAAUGGACUAAAGGAACUCUUGGAGCUAGUCGUGAUCUCUAAAAAUUUAUGCAUUUUGCAUUGUAUGUUAAUUGGCUAAAAGUCUCACAAAUCAAGUUAGUCAUCCUCACUGAGUGAUCUGAGACUAGCUAGAGAGACAUAGUCUGCCCUGCUGGUGUUCUUCCCCCUGAAUCUUAAAGUCCUCCCAUUUCAAUGGGACAUGUGAGAGAUAGUAGCCCUAAUUUUUCAGUGAAAAAUUCAUUUCAAUGAAAUUCCUAAAGCCUUCGUUGAAUCUAAAACUAAAUUCCAAUUUCAAUAAAGAAAUGCUAUUAACAGAUGAAACUUUACUGUUUCUAUCUAUUAACUGGUUCCAUGAAAUAGAAAUCUUAAUUGCAGCAAAAGCAUGUGUACAAAGUCUGUUUACACUUGAAACUAAGUAAAAAGUGGCAGAAGAAUAACCCUGUUUGAUCAAAACCGGCGCUGUUGAGCGACAUGAGGAGGAUGUUAGUCAUACCCUAGUAAUGACUAAAAUUGUGCAGUCACUGAUGUAAAUUCUGUCCACAGAAAGCUUCUUUGUAAAUAAAUACCUGGUAAAAUUUGAAGUGAUAAGAGAAUAAAUUACUCACAUGAAAGCCAUA